AGGAAGACUGGGCAGAGAGUACGGCGUAUAUGAUGCACGAGGCCUUUGAGACGUCACCGCCCCGCCGAGCGCAGUCACCACAUCGCGCCUCCCCACCACGAUGCACUUCGCCUCCACGUCGUACUUUAUCCCCGCGAAACUACGAGCGUGCCCCCGUCUACAACGAUGACUUUACCGAACCCUACCGUGACCAACUCGCUCCCUUCAGAGACGCUACUUUUGAACGGAGAUUCCGUCACGAGUCUCUUGAACGAGUCAACAAAGAAAAACCAGACAAGUUUACUGAAGAAGUCCCUAACUAUAGACGUAGAUAUAUAACUGACACCAAACCUUCCAAUCGGAGUAUAGACAGAGUGGAGGAUCGUCGCUUUGGCAAACUCCAACGAGGAGCAAGCGAAGGUAGCCUUAAGCUCGCUGAGACGUCACCUAAAGAUCGUUUUAACGUCGCAAAGGAGAAAUUCAAGAAUUUGGAGAGGGAGAGAUUUAAUCAAGAACUAGAACAGCAUAUGGCCAUACGGAGAAGCAUGCUAGAAAGAAACAGUCGCUCGACUUCUUCCCCGGAGGAAGAAAGACGGGACGAGCGUCAAGAGCGCCACCGUGAAUUGAGCUCCAGGAGAGAACCUGACCGUUCUCAUCGAGAUUUGGAGCGUUCCCACAGGGAGCCGGACAGACGCAAGGAUAUUGAACGUGUCCGUGAUGUUGAUACAACAGACAUGAGCCACAGGGAAAUAGAAAGACUCCCGCGCGUCGGUCGAAAGCGCGAUGAUUUGAAGCGUUACGAAUAUGGCACAGAGGAGUAUUUAAACAGAAUCGAGCCAAAACCUCACAGAGAUGAAUUCGACCGAUACAGAGAAAGGAGAGAAUUAGACCGGCGCAUAGAAGAGGAUGAGAUCAUUGAACCCGUUAUAGAAGAAAGGCGAAGGGAAUGGACGGACAGGCAACGCGCGUUUAGUCGCUCACGUCUGCUAGACGAGCAGCGUCAAUCAUACCCUGAAGGCGACAGAGACAGAUUCUACGAUAGAGAAUAUAGAGAAUACCGUGACCUGGCCGAUCGACAACCGACAAAGUUCCGCCACAGUUAUGCGGAACCGAUAUCUAGGGGUCGCCUCGGUACCGUACGACCCUACUGA